AUGGCGUUGGAUGAAAUUCGCAAAGAGAUCCCCAUAGACGACAUAAUCUCCACUGACCCUGAUGACCUGCUUGCCCAUGGUUACUCGGAGUGGUCUACGACCAACCCGGAAGGUCUCCCGGUUGCUGUGGCAUAUCCACGCUCAACUGAACAUGUAUCAACCAUUGCUCGGAUAUGCCACAAGUACCGGGUGCCUCUCAUUCCCUACUCCGGCGGCUCGAGCCUGGAAGGCAACUUUUCAGCCCCCUAUGGUGGUAUUAGCGUGGACUUUGCCUUCAUGGAUAAAAUUAUUCAAGUUAACAAGGAGGAUAUGGAUGUUGUUGUGCAGCCAAGCAUAGGAUGGCAAGAUCUCAACAACCAGCUGGAGAAGAUGGGGACCGGGCUGUUUUUCCCCAUCGACCCUGGCCCUAGUGCCAAAAUUGGCGGCAUGAUUGGCACCAACUGUUCUGGGACAAAUGCUGUCAAGUAUGGAACUAUGAAAGACUGGGUCAUCAACCUAACUGUUGUGCUUGCUGAUGGAACCGUCAUUAAGACCCGGCGUCGCCCACGUAAGUCUUCUGCUGGCUAUAACCUUAAUGGGCUGUUUGUAGGGUCGGAAGGCACACUUGGCCUGGUUACCGAGGCAACCCUCAAGUUGGCCGUUGUGCCAGAAGAGGUCUCUGUGGCGGUGGUUUCGUUCCCCACAAUUAGGGCUGCUGCUGCAGCUGCUGCAGAGGUGAUGCGAACGGGAAUACCGGUGGCUGCCAUGGAGAUCAUGGAUGAGGUACAGAUGAAGGUGGUCAACAUGGGUGGCGCGACAGCGCCCCGUGUUUGGAAAGAAGCACCGACACUCUUCUUUAAGUUUGCUGGAACAAAAACUGGUGUGAAGGAGAACAUUGAACAGGUGCAAAAGAUUGUUAAGGAACACCAAGGCAGUGACUUUGAGUUCGCAAAGGAUGAGAGAGAGAAGAAGAUGCUGUGGUCAGCGAGAAAGGAGUCAUUGUGGUCGAUGCUAGCCUUGAGGAAAGAGGGUGAGGAAGUUUUUAGCACCGAUGUGGCAGUGCCUUUUAGCCGGCUAGCUGAUAUUAUCGAAGUCAGCAAGAAGGAGAUGGACGAACUUGGCUUGUUUGCCAGCAUUCUGGGCCAUAUCGGUGAUGGCAACUUCCAUGAGAGCAUCAUCUACAAUCGCCAUGACAAGGUUCAGCGCGAGAAGGUUGAGACUUGCGUCAAGAACAUGGUCAAGAGGGCCCUCGAGAUGGAGGGAACCUGUACAGGCGAGCACUCAAUCGGUUGGGGAAAGAAGGAAAGUUUAGUGUGGGAAGUCGGACAGGAAACAUUGGGUGUGAUGAGAGCUAUCAAAGCCGCACUGGAUCCUCAUUGGAUUCUAAAUCCUGGCAAGAUUUUUGACAGGGAGGCGUGA